GCAGCAGAGCCGCAAAUGGCGCCCGCGCGGCGAGCGACGGCCGCGCAAAGCCCCCGCGAGAGCUGGCGGCGGGAGGCGGGCCGGGCGGCGGGGCGUGCCCCGGAUGCACGGCCUUGCGGCGCGGCCCCAGUUCCUGCCUGUGCCCUCAGCCCGGCGGGGCUCGCCCUGCGCAACAUGUCGCUGGUGGCGGAGGCCUUCAUGAACCAGCUGGCCGCCGCAGAGCCUUGGCCUGAAAAUGCUGCGUUGUAUCAGCAGCUGAAGGAAGACCAGAUUUUGCUCUCUGAUAAUGCAGCUUCCCUUGCUGUUCAGGCCUUCUUGCAAAUGUGCAAUCUGCCAGUUCGGGUGGUUUGCAGGGCCAAUGCAGAGUACAUGUCCCCAUCUGGCAAAGUGCCCUUUAUUCAUGUGGGAAACCAAGUAGUAUCUGAACUCGGGCCCAUAGUCCAGUUUGUGAAAGCCAAGGGCCAUUCUCUCAGCGAUGGGUUGGAUGAAGUCCAAAAAGCUGAGAUGAAAGCCUACAUGGAAUUAGUCAAUAAUAUGCUCCUGACAGCGGAGCUCUAUCUGCAGUGGUGUGAUGAUGUUACAGUAGAGGAGAUUACUCACCCAAGAUAUGGCUCUCCUUACCCCUGGCCUCUUAACCGCAUUCUGUCCUAUCAGAAGCAAUGGGAGAUAAGAAGGAAGAUGAAGGCCAUUGGGUGGGCUGGCAAGACGCUCGAACAGGUGCUUGAAGAUGUAGACCAGUGUUGUCAGGCUCUCUCCCAGAGAUUAGGAACACAACCAUAUUUCUUCAAUAAGCAACCAACUGAAUUAGAUGCUCUGGUAUUCGGACAUCUGUUUACAAUCCUUACUACUCAACUAAUCACUGAUGAACUCUCUGAAAAAGUGAAAAACUAUGGUAACCUCACAGCCUUUUGUAGGCGAAUAGAGCAGCAAUACUUUGAAGGUCACGAUAAAGAUAGCCCUGCAACUGCUUCAGCCAGAUGUGCUAAAAGGUCCUUACUGAGAUAAGCGUCUUGUUUGGUGGUCAGGGUGUGCUGCAUUUCUGCUUUGGGUUUUGUUGUUUAUUGAGUUGGUUUUGAAAAUGUUUAUUGAAUUGGUUUUGAAGCUGCCAAAUCAUUCUGAAGCGAGAACUCCUCUCCAAAUGUAGUGUUAGUGUUGUAGAAUACACUGUGCACAUUUAACUUGAAAUGACUGUAUGGGCACCUGGAUUUCAAUAGGCCGCAUGCCACUUACUCUGAAGUGACCUUGAAAGAAUAUUGUGUCUGUACUAAAAAGAAUAAAAUAUUUGUAAAAGUC